AUGUCGCCCACCUACACCAUGUCUGCACACCUGUGCAAGCAAAUCUACAAAUCCUUCCAGACGCGCCAGACCUCCCCCGACCCGCUGAGCAGUCCGGCUACCAACGCUGCCACCAUCACUCCCGCUACGACAUACAUGUCGUCCGACUCGAGCGCCCAUGGCCCCGCGUCCCCGCCGUCAAGUUCAAGUUGGAGGUGGGGUGGUCGCUGA